AUGGAACGAUAUGUAUCAAGUACUUUUCAAAGAGACGAUAAAAAUGAAGAAAUGAAAAGAAAUCAUGAACAAAUGCCAAGAACAGGUAUCGAAACUGAUGCCAUUCAUGUUGGACAAGAACCUGAACGAUGGCCAGGCCACGCUGUUAUUCCACCUAUAUCAAUGGCGACAACCUUUAAACAAUUAGAACCAGGCAAACCACUUCUAUAUGAAUAUAGUCGAUGUGGAAAUCCAACACGACAAUGCUUAGAAGAAUGUUUAGCAUCACUUGAAAAGGCAAAAUAUGCAUUAACAUUUUCAUCUGGUCUUGGCGCAACAACUACUCUUAUGUUUAUGCUUAAAUCAGGUGAUCAUAUAGUAUCAAUCGAUGAUGUGUAUGGUGGAACCGGAAGAUUGUUUAGACGUUGCAUGGCUCAAAUGGGUGUUGAAAGUUCAUUUGUUGAUAUGUCAAUGGAUCCAUCAUCAAUUGUUAAUCAUCUUAAACCAACAACACGUCUUGUUUGGAUUGAAACUCCAACAAAUCCAUUACUGAAAUUGGCCGAUAUAGAACUUAUUUCUACUCUUGUUCAUAAAUAUGAUCCAAAAAUAAUGGUUCUUGUUGAUAAUACAUUUGCAACAUCAUAUUAUCAACGUCCACUUGAACUUGGUGCUGAUCUUGUUCUACAUUCAUUAACUAAAUAUAUGAAUGGUCAUUCCGAUGUUGUUAUGGGCAGUUUAAUGAUGAAUAGUGAAGAACUUUAUAAACAAUUAAGUUUUCUUCAGUAUGCAAUUGGUGCUGUUCCAUCUCCAUUCGAUUGUUAUCUUGUUAAUCGAGGUCUUAAAACAUUAGCAGUACGAAUGCGGCAACAUAUGACAUCAGCUUUACGCAUUGCUAAAUAUCUCGAACAACAUAAAUAUAUAGAACGUGUAAUUUAUCCGGGAUUGGAAUGUCAUCCACAAUAUGAAUUGUAUAAAAAACAAAUGUCGGGAUUUAGCGGAAUGAUUUCGGUUUAUCUUAAAGGUGAUGAUGUUGAAAAAAGUAAACGAUUUUUAAAACAUCUUAAAUUAUUCACAACAGCUGAAUCGCUUGGAGGUUAUGAAUCUUUGAUUGAGUUGCCUGCUAUUAUGACCCAUGCAAGUGUACCUGAAGAACAUCGUCGUCAACUAGGUAUUACUGAUGGUCUUAUUCGAAUGUCUAUAGGACUUGAAGACGUACAGGAUUUACUUGACGACAUUGAAGUUUCUCUUCAAUAUGCAUUUUUGAAUACUAUUGAAAAGUGA